AUGAACUCGAGUCAUCAGAUUCAAAACGAUUUUCCUGUGCACUGUGUUAUAUACAGUUUUAUUGGUGGUAAGCCAGAUUAUUUGUCUGAUUUACCCUAUGCUGUUCUCGUUGCCUUGAUCGUAAUCCACGCCACGACUUGCCCUUUUGCCAUUGUGUUGAAUCUGUUGGUAAUGAUCGCUGUGAAGACCAAAGCACGAUUGCAGAGCAUGUCUAACAUAGCAUUAGCCUGUUUAGCCUCGACUGACGUGAUGGUCGGAUUAGUUGUUCAGCCUCUUCUUAUUGCUCAGAUGGUGAACCUUAUCCAAGGGGAGACCACAACCAGUGCAUGCUCAAUACAAAGUGUCACAGGAUUUUUCAUCACCUUCUUUUGCUUUUCUUCCGCUGUUCACCUCUUCUUAAUAACAGUGGAUCGGUACAUCGCUAUCAUGCGUCCCUAUAUUUAUAUUCAAACCGUCACCAAAACUCAUGUGCUGAUUGCCACAGCUCUUGCAUGGGCCCUGUCUGUAAUUGUACACAUCGUGUCCCUCAUUGACGAGGAACUUUUUAGAACUAUCAUCGGUGUUGUCGUAGUUUCACUUGUUGUAAUCAUUGCUGUCUGCAACAUAAUAGUUUAUCGUGAGGUUCAUCGCCAUGAAAAACAAAUAGCAGCUCAGCAAGUCGACGUAGUGACCAGAGAAAACUUUUUAUCUCAAAAGAGAGCUUUUAAAUUAACAUUGACGAUCAUUGCACUUUUAGUUAUAAGUUUCUUGCCUGUAAUUAUUUUUAGAAGGCUCAAGGAGCCCCUGAAAAGGAUUGUGAGCUUUGGUACAUUGAGUUGCAUUUUUAUGGCUGUUUAUAGUUUACCGGCUUUUAACUCUUUUGUUAAUCCGUUUAUUUACUGUAUAAGGUUAAGACAGUUUCGAGUCUCAUUCAUCGAAUUACUGAUGCAGAAAAACCACCACGAAGCUGUAGAAUUUGAAGGUAGAAUAUUUGGAACAAACGUUGUGGUCAAUUUUGAAUCCAAUCGGAGGGGAAAGAGAGAGCAACAACAUACUAACCAGGCCAAUGUCAUCAGAGAAGUCGAAACAUCCCUUGGUGGGGAGAGAGGGGAACAGCAUGCAAACCAGGCCAAUGUCAUCAGAGAAAUCGAAACAUCCCUAGGUGGGGAAAGAGGGGAAGAGGAUGCAAACCAGGCCAAUGUCAUCAGAGAAGUCGAAAAAUCCCUAGGAGAGGAGAGAGAGGAACAACACAACAGCAAGGUCAAUGUCGUCAGAGACGUCGAGAGAUAAUUAAUCUUUGGUGGGAAGAGAGAGGUACAGUUUGCCAAACAGGCCAGUGUUAUUGGAGACGUCGAAACAUCCCUAGGUGGAGUGAGAGGGGAACAACACACCAACCAGACCAAUGUCACAAGAGACGACGAAAAAGUCAACGUAUCAACCUAG